GAUCUAUUUGAUCGUAGGCGGAAUUUCGAAUUGCACGACCUUAUUCAGUACAUUACUUCCCGGCUUGUCAGUUUUCUGGUUCAAAUAAAUCAUUGGUUAUAAAUACGGAAAUAAUUAUGGACUCUCCCAUGCGUUCUCAAUUAUCAAACUCUUAAUAAUGAACCUGUUACGUAAUAUGGGGAAAUUAAUUUUUCCGUUUAUUUACACUUUCGUCCGCUUCAUUUCUCCUUUUCCCACCUUUAUUGAUUGCUUGGGACGAUGAAACAUGAUUUGCUAUUGUCGGGUGUAAAUAAAUCUAACACUCCAUUGAAGUCUCAAAUUUCUUCUGAGACAUUUCUUAGAAGAAAUCGUUUAGGCUCAUGAAGUCUGUUAAGUAGUGUCAAAUUUAAAUCGGAUUUUCGGCCGAGUAAUAAGUUUUCUUUCGUAUGUAGUAGACAACAUUGCUGAAGCAUUCGUCGUUAACGUCUCAGAUUUUUAAUAAUCCGAGUGGUAGUAUUCAGUUUUUUUUCACAUUUUGCAUCGGGAGCAUAAGAUUUAGUUAUACACGACAAUAGCACAUCAGGUUUCAUCGCGGUAGGUCGAUUAACAACGUCUCAACAGUUGAAGGUAUCUCUGAAUAAGCUACUUCCUAAGCUCGGGAUCAUUCAUGCAAGCGAUUGGACAAAUAAUGAGUUCAUUAUGCAACUGCCCACGAAUAUUACACUUAGAAGCCUUAGUUUAAGUUGUAGAAUUAAAUCCUUGAUUCUGAACAUGAAAUAAUUUGUAUCGUGCACCAUCAUGAUUAUGAGAUAACACUUUGGUGUGUCGGGUUCUGAGAUUAUUAGGAUUCAGGAUAAGCCCAACACAGUAUAAAGUUUUUUAAGUAAUUAUGACGUCGACGCAGUAACAAAAACAGCAAUAAGAAAUGAGUAGGCAGUGUAGUAUUAUAUAGAAUUAUAGUAGGUUGAGACAAAUAAUGAUAAAGCGAUUGAAAUGUACAGUAAUUAAAAUAGCUACCCACCACACAGAAGUGAUGCCGUAUCUACUGUCGACUUAUUUACUGGCUAAGCAUUGUUUUUUAAUGAUAUCAUUGCAACUAGAACUAAAAUAUUUGGUUUACAAGAACUACACUGAUUUUUGAGUUCACUCUUCUGAAAGUUGUUAACGUGUGUCUUGAGGUGCUAUUUAAAGUAGAAUUUUUAUUUAAUCACAUACAUAUUGAUACAAAGGACACCGGAUACAUAUGCGCCAAUGGUGUCAUUUCAGUGAUUGUGCAACCUUGUUGACUUUGGUCUUGAUUACAUAUCACAUCCCAUCCUUCUUGCUUUCAUUGAGUUCUAGUGAGUUAAGUUGUGAUAAAUAGUAACAAGUUUUCACAUCUUUUACUGCACUCCUUAAAGCACAUUCCUUUUUGCAGAUGGCUCAUGCUGCAAAUAUGUCCACCGGAGUAUGGAUUGUUGUUGCUCUAUGGUUUUGACACAAGAUUCACACAAAUCUCACACAAACUGCAUAUAUAAGGUUCAGUAAAGCUGUUUGCUUACUGCUUUAUCCGCAAUGUUACUCAGAUGCAUAUUACUUUAUAUUCGACGCUAUUUCGUUUAUCAAUGUUACUAAGAUUAGCACUGCGAAGUAUGUCGAUAAGCAGGAAAAUUUGAUGACAGUUUCUGUUGGUACAUAAGUCAACACAUCUAUACAAUUAGACCUAGUAUAAUUUUGAAGUUAAUUUUAGGUAGUACAUAGGAUGGAAGUAUAAUGCUAAAAAAAUGCACACAAGGCUUAUUAAAAAAACGUGAUCGGUCGGACUGGUCACUCAAUGAUCGUCUGAAGAGGCUUUUGGUGAGCUAGUAACCUAACGAAAUCUUGGGAGAAAAGUAUGGAGAAUUCGGGAUUUCUAAGUAGUACGGUCUCAUAACCCGAUGUUACUAAGGAUUGUACGAAUUAGUUCUUUUUGGAAGUUUUGUUGACUAAUCCUCGUAAUUUAUAAAACAAAUUUCAUCAAAUGUAACAAAAGCAUUCAUCACCUCUGUUACUGAAACUUAGUGUGUGAUUGAUAUUACUCCCGAACUUUAGGUUGCAACUACUUAGGAAGUAAUUAGAAUAAAUUAUACGAAAGUAAAGUACUAUAUAUUAAAGAUAGCUUGGAUUUCAAUCCAUUUGAUAGUGAAACUAGUUGUGAACCCACUUUUAAAAGUUAUAUAUUCACUAUGUUUGAUCCAUUAUGGCCUAAUCUACUCAGUUGAUGGUUUCGUUUUAGAACACACUAAGCUCCGGCGUAAAAUUAAGCAUUGCCCAAUAUUGGAGGGUUUCAAUGCAUUCGUUAUAAAACGGAAAGGUUUAUCCUCAAUUGAAUCGAUAGUAGGCUUCUUAUGUCUCUGAUGAGGGAUGCUUUAUUAUAGCAUAUAUUUGAACUCAUACAUUUUGGCAUUUGACCCCAUGUUUUUGCAGCUAUUGUGACGCGUGUUCAACUACCACCGGGAUGGUGGACACAGUACAGGACAUGAAAUAAAGUUAUAAAAGACUGACACCUAUCGGUCUUUCACAGCUUCCUGGUUAGGAUUCUAAAGACGGGCCCAACUCAGUGGCCUGAGACGUUAUCAGACAGUUCAGAAAAGAAGUCAGUGGCAGUCCUGUUGCAGUUUUCUUUUACUUUUUUAUAAGACCUUAACUGUUUGGAUUCUUUGCGGUUGUAUUUUUUUAAACUGAACUUUGCCUCCCAUUAUUCACUACUCACUCAUUUUUAUCCAUAUGUCGUUUUUUCAUUAUACUCACCUUCCUCUAUCUCUUCACGAUGUCGUUUUCUUAUUGUGCAGCGUGUAUUAUCUAGGUGCCCAUUUGUCUCAUUAUUUAUGUCCAAAUAAAUGAAUAAAAAAACAGGUAGAUGACAAACACAGAUCUUCCAUUGCCUAACUCAUGAUUAAAAUAGGUUAUAAGACAGGUUUUAGCUCAGCGUACUUGACUUUAUGUAGAAGUUAUCUUGGGUUUUUUAAAGCAUUAGCCAUACAGAAGCCUACCUAUGUACAAAGAUAACUUUUACUGAUACUAAAUGCAUGCUGAUAACAAUAACUUAUCAUCCAAAAUGCCGUGAUUCAUAUUGUUUCUGAUUAUUAUCACCUCUGUAUCUCGAUAUGCCUAUUUUGGCAUUUAUUUUUCUUAUAUAAAUGUCUUGACAGGUGAAUAUAUUAUCAAAUUGUUCAAAAUGUAUUGCUCUAAUAUAUCACAUAGUCCUCUUGUUUUCUAUUUGCAUUAUCUAAGAAUGUAUUAGUUGAUGAUGAAAUUACCUUAUGGUGUGAAGUAAUUCUUCUAUAACUUCUAAAUGUGGAAUCGGGCGAAUUUCAGUUUUUCGUGCCAUUAAUGUUUUCAUUCCCCUACAUAUAUCUGUAGUUGUUGUUUUUCUGAAUGUUUCAGAUUCUCCAACUACCGUAUACUAAAUGUGGAGACAAAAAUUGCUUCCGAAUGUUAGGUUAUGUAGCAAUCUCUGUAUGAAUAAAGAAGUGUCUAAAAUUUCACGCCAUCUUGAUUGUUUACAAUUGUGGGACGAAAUUAAAGAGCAGCAAACUAACCUUUACAUGUCACCACGUGUUGAGAAAGUCAUUGUUACAUAUCAUGGAGUUUUGGGGGAAUCAACUUUGGAAAUGACUAAAGGUAUAUCAACACCUCUAGAUUGUGCAAAGCAUUUGUCUGAAAUAUUGGUCAAAGAAAGCGUUAUUGCUAUGGUUAACAAUACUCCAUGGGAUAUGAAUCGGCCAUUGUCAUGUGAUUGCUCACUUGAUUUUGCUCAAUUCAAGGAUCCUCAUUAUGAUCCAACAAUCGCAAAUAACGCAUUUUGGCAAUCAUGUACACUCCUUCUGGCUGCUACUUUAGAAACAGCUUUUCAUGAAAAACAUAAUGUUCGUGUAAUCAAUCUCCCUUUACUUAAUCCAAAAAGUGGUGGAUUCGUAUGUGAUAUUUCAUUCAGUCCUGGACAUCAAUCUUUAAAGAAUUGGAAGCCUUCACCUCAAGAAUUAUAUGCAUUAAAUUCAUAUAUUCAACGGAUGGCUGCGGACGACUUAAGUUUUGAACCUUUGGAUGUAUCGAUUCACAGUGAACUACUUCAAAAAUUAUUUGCUGACAAUCCGCUAAGAUCACAACAGAUUAAUCAUGUAUUCAACAAACACCGAGACAGUAGUAAUUCAUUACAACUCGAUUUAUCUUCAAACAAGGACAAAGUUACAGAAAGGUCUACCCUACCUGUAUAUCGAGUGGGAAGAUUUGUUGAGUGCUUCACUAAUGGUCCAUUAAUCCGAUCUACUGGUCUUAUUGGGAAAAUAUCCAUCAGUUCAUUUUCCCGAAUUGGUUAUCUCCGAGGAUCUUCAAAUAACAUUGUUUAUCGUGUUCAAGGUGUGGCUAUUCCAUCUGCAUUCCUCACACAUUUUACGACAUUUCAUCGUCUUAUGGAAUGGUCUAAAUUACCAAAUUCAGAAGUCGAUAUUUACCCAGAUUACGUGGAACCUUCACCAUGA